CUCGGAAAGCUGCUUUUAAAGAACUGACUGAUUGAAAGAACAUUCCUCAUCUCUUCGCUGUCUUAUCUGCCUACAGUUGUAACAUCAAUUCCAGCGCAUUCACCCAUACAGUCAUGUCGAUAACCACCCCCGUCACCCAGCUGCUGGGCAUCCAGCACCCGAUCCUCCUGGCCGGCAUGGGCCAGACGUCGGGCGCUCCUCUCGCCGCGGCGGUGUCGAAUGCCGGCGGCCUCGGCGUGAUCGGCGGAGUCGGAUACACGCCCAAGAUGCUACAGGAGAUGAUUGACGAGUUGAAGGCUGGUCUCAAGGACCCUUCACUCCCCUUCGGUGUCGAUCUAUUGAUCCCUCAAGUCGGCGGCAAUGCGCGAAAGACCAAUCUGGACUACACGAAAGGCUCCCUCAACGAACUCGUCGACAUCAUCAUUGCCGGCGGCGCCAAACUCUUUGUCUCCGCCGUGGGAGUCGCCCCCAAACACGUCGUGGACAAACUCCACAAGAACGGCGUGCUGUAUAUGAACAUGAUCGGCCACCCCAAGCAUGUCCACAAGGCCUGCCAGGCUGGUGCCGACAUCAUCUGCGCCCAGGGAGGAGAGGCCGGUGGACACACGGGCGACACAGCGACGAGUGUCUUGAUUCCAGCCUGCGCAGACAUCGUCAAAAACUACACCUCCCCACUAACGGGCAAGCCGGUCCAACUCGUCGCAGCGGGCGGAAUAUACGACGGCCGCGGCAUCGCAGCAGCACUGAUGCUCGGUGCCUCCGCUGUCUGGGUGGGCACCCGCUUUGUCACCGCCAAAGAAUCCGGCGCCCCCGAGGCCGCAAAGAGAGCCAUCGUCGCCGCCGACUUUGACAGCACCAUCAAGUCCACGAUCUGGACGGGACGCCCAUUGCGCGCGCUGGCCACGCCGUACGUCAGAAACUGGGAGACGAACCGCAGGGACGAGAUCCAGCAACUGCAAAGCCAGGGCAUCAUCGCGCUGCACCACGAGAUGGAGAAGCUGGAGAAGGUCGGAGGCAUCACGGAGGAGAUUGAGGAUCAGUCGACGCUCAGACCCAUGGGCCAGGUCGCCGGUCUCGUCAACACGCCGAACCAGACUGCCGCCGAGAUCGUGGCGGAGAUGAUGGAUGGCGCGGUCAAGGUGCUGAGCAGUGCUGGAGGGUAUUUGAGGCCGAGCGCCAAACUCUGAUCGCGCAUGUCUUGAAGAUUGGGGGAUUUGGACACGACACAAAAAUAGGUUUUGAUUAAUCUCAAUGAUGGUGCUGUUGUGUGCUUCGGUCUCAGUGCAGUAGGCGAUGUGCAUAAUGCGGUGUGGCUCACCAGCUGUCUCCGUUGUAG